AUGCUGCGAAACUCGGUCCGAAAGUUCUCCUACGAUGCCAUUAUCGUCGGUGGUGGCCACAAUGGCCUGACUGCGGUAAGGCUAUUUUUUAACCUAUUUAAAAGCCGAACUUUUCGUUGAUAGAUGAAGUUUCUAGUUAUUUUAGGCAGCAUAUCUCGCCAAAGCUGGGAAGAAGGUCUGCGUUUUGGAGAGGCGCCAUGUGAUUGGUGGAGCUGCCGUCACAGAAGAAAUUAUUCCAGGUGAGCGCAUGGUCGCAUUUGGAAUGGCUAUGAUAUGUUGAGCCAUUCCAAGAGCGAUUACGGUAUCCAAGGCUGAAGCACUUCAAGUAGAAGUUUUCCAUGAGCUAAAAAAUGCCUUGAAAACUUGAAAAGAUGUGAUUUCUCUGCGCUCUCACGCUAAUUUCGUUUUUCUAUGAUCUCGCAGAUGAUGGAAAAGAGACGCAGACACGUCAGACUUGACUAAACACGAAAAAAAUUAAUAAAAAUGACUAUUUUCGAAUUAAGGCUACCGAUUCUCUCGCGCUUCUUACCUUCUCAGUCUUCUACGUCCUCUUGUCAUUCAAGAACUAGAUUUAAAGGUUUUUCUUUUCAUAUAUUCUUUUUUUUUCAUUCUCUCAGAAAUUCGGCCUCCGCUACCACAUCAGAAAUCCCAGUUCUUUUACGCCUAUUCGAAGCUCUUCAGACAGCCUUUUGCUUGGAUUGAACAUGUCCGAGAAUCAAAAAGAGAUUGCCAAAUUCUCAAAACGAGAUGCUGAGGUUUGUUCUAACAGUCAAAUGUUUCUUAACGGUAUUUUUCAGAACUUCCCUAAAUACGAACACUUCAUCUCGACGAUAGUCAAGGCUUUUGAGCCUCUGAUGGAUAAUGAACCUCUGGAUUUUGAGCGAUCCUUGAACAAACGACUAGCUCAGCUCUAUCUUCUUUAUAACACUGGUUAACAACUGUUGAGAAAAAAAGAGGAACAGAAUAUUUCAGUGAAACCCCUGGGAAUAGCAAACAUCGCCGACUUCUACGAGCUUAUGACUGCUCCAAUUUCCAAGGUUCGAACGAGGAAACGCCGUGAUCGUACUUGAAAUAGCCCAAAGCAAUUUUGUGGAAAUUUGGCAGCUGGAAAAAAGGAAAAAAAAAUGAUCCUAUGAUUUGAAAGCAUUUUCUUCUUUGCCUUCACCUUAAAAAAACUGCGUGAGUCUGACGCGACCGGGAUGCUAAAGCCAUUCAAACUGCGAUCACGUCUUUCCCAGGUGAAAUAAAUGACUUGUGAAAAAGGAAAAAAUGUAUGAAAGAAGUUUUGAGUAAGAUUUUCCAGGUCAUGAACAAAUGGUUCGAUAGCGAUGUUUUGAAGGCGACGCUAGGCACAGACGGUGUGAUUGGCCUGGCCGCAAGUCCUUAUGAUGCCGGAACCGGGUCAGUUUGUUCAAAAAACCAUUUUUCAUACUACGAGGCUGAAUAUAAGAACAAUUUGAGAGUAGUUAAAGUUAAAAUACCAAACAUUCUCUUGUAAAUUUUUUUAUAUUUACUUUCAAAUUGCUCCAUAGAGCUUCAAAAAAAGAGCAACAGUACGAAGUAGUGUUCCAAAACAUACAUAAAUUUACUUCAAAAACACUUUUCGAUGAAGGCAGAAAAAAAUAACGCAAAAAACAGAAAAAAAGGACAUCAAGUGGCCUUGUCACUUAGGAGAGCCCUCAAGUGGUUUUUAAAGCGCAAUAGCGCGAGUAAGAGCCGAUUUUUGUAAAGUUUGAAUUUUUCUAAUUAGCUAAUUUUUUUAAUGAAAAUUUUUUUAAUGUCUUGUACUUUCAAACUACUUAUAAGUAGUUUGAAAGCUUUAAUCGUUUAUGCUGUUUUCAAAGUAAUUUCCACGAAAAACUUGACCACAGAUUUAUCAUUAGGGCAUCAUUAGCUCUUUUUCACAUUUCUUUGAUUCAUUUUUUUUUUUCUAUUUUCUCGGGCAUUGGUAACUCGAAACAGGCGUGCUCUAGACGUUUCUGAACUGUUCUAGAGAUUAUUUAAGAAUUCUGACGCUUCUAAAAGGGUCACUAGAAAUGUCCGGACACGUCCGUUUCGCGUUACAAAUUUUUGGUUUUUUUUUUCUUCUUUUUGGGGAAUCGAGGCCCCUUUUGAAAUGAUUCCGCGAAAUUCAAAAUAACGGUCAGACAGUGAAAAGGAACUUGAAAAAUAUGAUGUGAAAAAACAUGUCCGAAAGUGUUGAAGCGUCCCUAGAAUUGCUUAAAAACGUCCGGAGCGCGUCCGGUUUUCGUGACCGAGGUCCGAGAUAAGGCUGUGCGGAGGCCGGCUCGUCAGCCUAACGGCCCAGUCAUUCUCUGAGCCCGGGCCAGGCUGAGCGAAGCAUCGAGCAAAAAAGGUCCAAAAAGCUCAAACUUUCAACGUCAGUUUUUUAACGACAAAAAAUUCGAAAGAUUUGAAAUGAAAAUGAAAAAUCAUGUUUCUGGUUAUUUUUUGUACUGAAAGCUCAACAAAAACUAAGAAUUUAAAAAUAGAAGUUUUUCCGUGAGAAAUUUGAGUUUGGAUACAAAAUGAAGUCUCAAAUUUUUUGAGCCAAGCCCGCGUAGGCUUCUUCGCAAGAAUAAGUCCAACCAGACGCACCAGCCCGGACCUCGGUACUGCAAGCCGUACGCGCCCCGGACUUUUCUCAGCAUUUCUAAGGAUUCCUUCAGCGGCUUCAGCACUUCAAAUGUUUACUAG